AUGCUGAAGCAAUCCUUCCCACACAAGUUUUAUCACCUCUUCGUCAUGCAUCCGCGUGCUAAGGUCGCACAGGCGGAGGGGCAUCUCGCAGUCGACUCUUCGAGCGCAUCGAGCGACGACGAGUCGUCGUCAGAGGACGUCGUGGAAACUGUUGCUCCUCGAGCAGCCUCGGGAGGGGUAGGGACUGCCAUUCAAGCGACGAUUGCAAUUGUCGUGUUCGCUUUUGUCAUUGCUGUCGGAUGCCGUGCCGGCGCCGCAGCCAAUCUCGGCAAGGGCCCCGCUGCGCCAGCGGUGCCGCCACCCCGAGGCACGGCGGUCGAGGCGGUGGCCACGACGAUACCGAGCAACUGCAGUGCGGAUCCGCCUACUCUUCCGUCUGCUUGGGACGAUGGAAACUGCGCCCUGGGCGCUGCGGCACAGUUGUGGCAUCUGGCUCCAAACGGGACUGCCUUGGGCGGAGACCUCGAGCUAUGUCGUGGGCGUCUGUCGUGCGAGGCGCGCAGCUCUGCCUGGGCAAGUCCUCAUCUCGUGUACACUCCGGCUGACUUCGAGGGGUGUCUCGCAAGGGGAUGCCGUCUCGUUGUUUUUCUCCCUGGUACUGGCGGUGCGCCCCAAAUGUACAGCAAGUUGCUCGAGGCUGCAGCUUCUGCCGGCAAUUUCGUGAUCGGAUUAAGCUACCUUUGGCACCCAAUCGCAGUGAGCCAGUUCAAUGCGUGGUGCCAGGCAGCAGAGUCAGCAGACGGCUGCAACCAGGAUGUGCACCAUCUCAUGCUCUUCGGAAAUGGAACUACACCUCUGGCGUUCUCGGGGCAGAGCAACAUGUUGUGGGACGUCAUGCCUCGCGACGCUGUCAACGAACUGUUACUUGGCGUCUUGUUCUCCGUAACAUGGGGUAAUCGUUUCGUCGUUGCGCGCACUGGCGCUGUGGAUUGGAGCAAUGUGAUAGUCAGUGGGCACUCCCAAGGUGCGGGGCACGCAGCAUACCUGUCGUAUCUGACUGGUGCCAACGCAGUUCUUUUCAGCGGGCCGCAGGAUUGCGAGUCGUGUGCUGCGCAAUGGCUCCCAUUUAUGGCGAACUCCAGUGCCACGUGGCGUGCCUUGUUCCACAUGCACGAAGAGUGUGGUCCUGACCCAGUUAGUCCGUCUUCGUAUUGUGAGCCGAAUUUGUUGAUGAUCAAUCUGGCAGCCAUGGGUCUGAACGACAGCUCGGCCUCCAUAUGGAAGGGUGGCCCAGUGCCAAAGAACCUGUCUGCUGUGAUCAGCACCAUAGCUCCAAAGUGCUCGGAAGGCACCCCGCGUGCGUUUCAUCGUUCGGUGGCAACGGAUAGCUGUGCGCCAACAGAGCAAGGCAUUGUUGCUCUUUGGAUUGCCUUGUUCACGGGCACGUAG